AUGGCCGACAAACCAGCUCCGCAUACCAUAGCCAUCAUCGGGGGUGGGGUCGCGGGUCCCGUCCUUGCCCUGACAAUACUCUCCCACCCUGUCCUCAAGGAGCGCUACAAACCCGUGAUAUACGAGCGCCUUCCGCGCCCCAAACCAAGCACAUUCCCUGACUCAAAGAUCCACGGAGAAAACAACACCACCGACACCCACAGCACUGCGACGUAUGCAGCUGGCGCCGCUGUUGCCCUGACCUCCAACGCCCUUUAUCCUCUGUAUGCCCUGGGGCUGCGGGACUCGCUGGACUUUAUCAGCUCUGAGUCUACACGAAUCAAGAUCUGGCGCGCCUGGGACACCGGGAAGCAUAAAUACUGCCAGCAGUUGAACCAUCCGAACUGGCAGGAGGACUUGGGGACCAACCUCCGGGUUGUAGAGAGGGCGGGGCUGCAGCGUGUGGUUCUUGAUAGGGUACGGGAGUUAGGCGGGGAAGUGAUAUGGGAGAGGAAGGUCACUGAUGUGAAGAGUGCCACUGGAGGGGGUGUUAAGGUGUGCUUUGAGGGAGGGGAGGAGGUCGAAGCGAAUCUAGUUGUUGGUGCGGAUGGGGGCUGGUCAGUGGUAAGAAGGCAUAUCAUGGCGAUAGCAGCAGCGGACGGCGGGGGUGGUGCUGAUAGAUGGAAGCCCGAGUUUGCCUACGCGGAUGGGAUUUACGGUGUUUCAAAACCCAUUGAUAGGGCCCGUGCGAUUGAAAGCGAAGAAGAUGUGCAAGAUGGAGACACGCACUGGGUUCUCCUCGACUCAGGCACCGCGUCAACAUGGGCUCUGCCUGGUCGAAGGCAGUUCUGGUCUAUUUCUUUCCCUUCUAACCUUCCUCCCAAGAGUAUGACCGCUGCUGAGCACCUGCAGAAACAGAACAAGGUUAAGCUCUACGGUGCGGACUUAAUACUAGGUAAACACGACCUAGAAGAGACACAGGGGAUUUUGAAGAGGUACGAGAACGCCUUUCAUCCUAUUGCAGGGAAUUUUGGGGAGUUGUAUAAGAGGAGCGAGAGGAUUGUCAGGGCCCCUCUGUGGUAUCAUGCUUGGGAGGAGAGUGAGAUUGGUGGAAAGAACAUCGUUUUGAUCGGAGACGCUUCACGAUUGAUGCUGCCAACGAGUGGCCAAGGGGCGGGAUUCGCCAUCGAAGACGCCACCGUUUUGGCCAAUGAAUUACUGAAUAACCCGCCAUCGUCAGAGAAUGGCAGGUUAGAUUUCUCUAGAGCGAUUGAGGCAUAUGCCCAAGCUAGGGUUCCAAGGUCGAAGAGCAUGACCAAGCAGAGUUAUUGGACAAGUCAGCUAGGGCUGGGAGCUCGCUGGUGGUGGCGGUGGUUAAGAGAUGCUGCGACCAUGUAUAUACCCCUCGGAGGCGAUUCGAAAGUGAAGUCGAGCAAGAAACCCAAGGAUCCAAUGGGCUGGCUGUAUGAGGUACGGUAUAAGGUUGAACUGAGAGAAAAGCAGGAAAAUCCGAGAGUUUAA